AUGCCUAUUGGUAAAUUAGAGCCGUUCGAUUUAGCCAGUAAACAGUGGCCCGCGUAUAUUCGUCGAGUUCAACAAUUUAUAUUGCUAAACGAAAUCAAGUCUGAAUUACGAGUUCCUAUGUUAAUAACCGUGGUCGGCGAGGCGACAUAUUCGUUGAUGUGCGAUCUAUGUUCUCCUGCACACCCGGAAGACAAAACUUUCGAAGAAUUGGUGAGUUUAGUGUCGAGUCACUUAGAACCACAGCGUUCCGAGAUUGCAGAGCGCCACGUGUUCCGCUUGCGCAGGCAACUCGGAGAUGAAUCACUUGCCGAAUAUUUGCAAAAUCUGAAACAUUUGGCUUCGACCUGCAAUUUUGGAGUGACACUUGAAGAGAAUUUGCGGGACCAAUUUGUAUCAGGUCUUGCGAGCGAGGCGAUGCGGUCCCGUAUUUUUGCCGAAAGAAACAUUCGGUACAAGGAGGCGGUGGAGUUGGCUUUUGCGCUGGAGGCUGCGGAGAGACACGUGGAGGUGAGUGGUACCACGGCACCAGCAUCGACCUCAGGUGUUCGGAGCAGCAGUCUAGAAAGAGGCGAAGGUUUACAUCAGGCCGGGGAGCGCCGGGGGCGGCGAGACCUACGCUCGGUCUCUAGAGGAGGCACCAUGGAGACGCGACGGAGUCAGCGAAGCUCGGGGCCAUGUUGGCGUUGUGGAAAGCCACAUAGGGCGGAUAAGUGCCGAUUUGCGCAAUACAAUUGUGAUAAGUGUGGUAGGCGCGGACAUCUUAAGGUGAUGUGCAAAGAAGUGCGCGACGGGAGGCAGUCGAGCGGCCCCCAGCAUUAUGUGAGUGACGUGAGUUCUGAAGGAGAGGAUUUUUUUAAUAUCCAGCUGAAAGCUAAAGGUAACGAGUCUUAUAAAUUAACUUUGAAAGUAGAUGGACAGCCGUUAGUUUUCGAAGUCGAUACCGGUAGUCGCAUUUCCACAAUUAGUGAACGGUUUUAUUUGUGUCAUUUUCCGUAUAAAUCCCUUAUCAAAGAUAAUGUAAGAUUACAUAGUUAUGUCGGUUCGCGAAUCGAAUCUUUGGGUUUUAUAUCGGUCAAUGUAGCAUUGGGAGAGGUCAGAAAAAAAAAUUGUUCUUUAUAUGUAAUUCGUAACGGAGGAUGCCCUUUAAUAGGUAGACAAUGGAUUCGAGCUCUUGAAAUAAAUCAAAUUAAUAUUAGUGUUAAUGAAAUUCUAGAUGAUUCAUUCGUGAGCCGACUCAUUAGCGAAUUCCCCGAAGUGUUUACAGAUAAGUUAGGCACUUGUACCGAAAGCGUUCAACUACAGCUCAGUGACGAACAACCUGUGUACGUGCGCGCGCGGCCCGUGCCAUUGGCGCUUCGAUCCCGGGUCGAACAGGAGCUGAGGAGGCUUGAGGCCGAGGGUACCAUUUUUAAGGUGGACCACUCCGAGUAUGGUACUCCUAUAGUACCGGUUAUAAAAGAAAACGGCGAUAUACGAAUUUGUGGAGAUUAUAAAAUUACGAUAAAUCCAAAGCUCAAGCGGGAGUUUUAUCCGUUACCGCGAAUUGAAGAACUUUUUGCCAAAUUAAGUGGUGGUGAAGAAUUUUCGAAAAUUGAUCUAAAAAAUUCCUAUCAACAAUUACUGCUAACGGAGGAUUCUCGGCGUUACACUGCAAUUACUACCCAUCUAGGCACAUUCGUAUAUCGUCGACCCCCUUUGGGUUGUCGUGUGUUCCCGAAAAAUUCCAGAAAAUUAUGGAAGAGACACUCAGCGGUAUACCCGGUACGGUAG